UGCUCCAGCCUUCAGAGCAGCAGGCGCACGGUCAGCGCAGCUCACUCCUGUCGCCCGCUCCGGACGGACAGGAGUUGGUGUUUUUCGUCUUUUGUUGGAUAUAUCUCGCCAACAUGAGACUUCUCUUCGCCGUCGUGGCGAUCGUGGCUCUGCUUGCAGAAAAUCUAGCGCUUCCAGUCGGAAAAGAAGGACAGAGAGAAGACGUGGUUGCACGAUGCUUGGUUGAGGUCCUGUCUAAAGCUCUCUCCAAACCGGACUCUCAGCUAGAUGAGGACUGCAAAGACCUUCUCCAACCCGGGGUUAAACAUGCCCCACUGGACAAGAAGAAUGCAGAAGGGACAGUAACUCAUGAGGAGGUGAUCAAAGGUCACGCCGAGGAACCUGAGGGAAAAGGAGCAGACGUAGCGGACAUUGAGGCCCUUCUGAAAACAGUGGAGGCAAAGAGGGAAACUCCAGAAGACGAGCGCAGCCAGGAAUCCUGGAGUCUAGGCGACGAGAAGGAGAAGAGACACGGUGGUGAGGAGGAAGUAGAGGAAGAGCGGGAGAAGAGGAGCGGCUGGAGGCCUGGCAGAUACCACCAAAGGAAGUACAAACGAGGUGAAGAAGAUGAAGAGGACAACGAGCGCAGUCAGGAGAGCUGGGGGUUGGAUGAGAAGAGAUCUGAGGUAGAAGGAGAGGACAGAGAGAAGAGGAACUGGAGGCCUGGCAGAUUCCACCAAAGAAAACAUAAACGGGAUGAGGAAGGGUUAGGUGAAGAGAGGGACGAGCCAGAAGAAGAACGUAGCCAAGAGUCUUGGGAUGUAGAUAAAAGGCAUGGAAAUGAAGAUGAAGAGGAGAGAUCCAAGCGCAUAUGGAAACCAACACAUCGCUACCACCACAAGAAACGGCUCCGCAAACGUGGCGAUGAACCAUCAGAGAAUGAAGAUGAAGAGCGUAGCCAGGAAUCUUGGGGUCUGGAUGAUGAGAGAGACAAAAGGAACUGGAAGCCUGGGAGGUUCCACCAGAGGAGACACAAACGUGAUGAAGAACUGUCAGAGGAAGCCAGGGAGGAACCGGAUGAAGAGCGCAGCCAAGAGUACUGGGAUUUUGACACUGGAAGAGAUAAGAGAGACUGGAGGGCUGGGAGGUACCACCAGAGGAGACACAAACGUGACGAAGAACUGUCAGAGGAAACCAGGGAUGAACCCGAUGAAGAACGCAGCCAAGAGUACUGGGACUUUGACACUGGACGGGAAAAGAGAGACUGGAGGGCUGGAAGACACCAUCAGAGGAGACACAAACGUGAUGAAGAACUGUCAGAGGAAACCAGGGAUGAACCCGAUGAAGAACGCAGCCAAGAGUACUGGGACUUCGACACUGGACGGGAAAAGAGAGACUGGAGGGCUGGAAGACACCAUCAGAGGAGACACAAACGUGAUGAAGAACUGUCAGAGGAAACCAGGGAUGAACCCGAUGAAGAACGCAGCCAAGAGUACUGGGAUUUUGACACUGGACGGGAAAAGAGAGACUGGAGGGCCGGGAGGUACCACCAGAGGAGACACAAACGUGAUGAGGAGCUAUCAGAGGAAACAAGGGAUGAACCCGAUGAAGAACGCAGCCAAGAGUACUGGGACUUUGACACUGGGAGAGAAAAGAGAGACUGGAGGGCUGGGAGGUACCACCAGAGGAGACACAAACGUGAUGAGGAGCUAUCAGAGGAAACAAGGGAUGAACCCGAUGAAGAACGCAGCCAAGAGUACUGGGAUUUUGACACUGGACGGGAAAAGAGAGACUGGAGGGCUGGGAGGUACCACCAGAGGAGACACAAACGUGAUGAGGAGCUAUCAGAAGACGAAAGAGAAGCUCCGGAUGGGGAACGCAGCCAAGAGUACUGGGGUGUGGACAAACGACAGGGUAAAGAAGAGGAAGAAAUAGAAAAGCGUAUAUGGAAACCAACACACAGAUACCACCACAAAAAGAAAUACCACAAGCGGGACGGAGGAUCUGAAGAAGAAGAGCACAAGGGUGAAUCAGACGAAAACGAAGAGGCGGAAAAGGACAGGAAUGAAGCUUUGAGGUAUCUGGCAGAGAAGCGUAAUCCCUGGAUCUACCGAGGUUACUACCAUCCCGCUUGGUAUAAGAGGAGCUCAGAUGCUGCAGCUUCUAACAAGAUGGAGGAGCUCGCCAAGUUGCUGACUUAUAAGAUAAACCAACUCGCCAACCAUUCUAAUCAAGAUGAGGAGAAAAUGAGCACGCACCAGAGAACAUUUACCCCGCAGGAGGAAAAAGAGCUGGAAAAUCUAGCAGCGAUGGACAUGGAGUUGCAGAAAAUAGCUGCCAAGUUGCAUGACAACAGUGAAUAAACUUCAAAAGGCAGAAACUCAAAAUGAUGCCAUCUCUCUGUGAAUACAAGAUGCUGUCUUGUUGUAACUCUACCAAAUGUGUGCUUACAGUGUAAAAAAACAAAAAAACAAAAAAAGAAAAACAAAAAAA